AUGCACGGAACCCGGUGUCUCACCACACUAAUCGUAAUCGAGAGGAUCCAAGGCUAUAAGACUCUCGGUGUUAUAAGCCGAUCCAUGGCCAGAGGGGUAGAUAUCGAAAUCACAUUCGCAACCUCGCGUCUGACCGCAAAAGGAUCCUCAAGGGCUAAACUCUCGAUCUUCAAGGUUUUAGGUAGUAUCGUACGGACUUAUGUAUGUAUGUAA